UUACUGAGGCUAUUGAUACAGCCGUGCUUUAGAAAGCGCGUCUCUGCAAUUCAAUACUGAUGGACGCACAAGACUACAGACUGGAAAUAGCGCUUAAUACGAAAUAAAUUUCAGCGUUUGCUAUGUUUUUCAUGCGAAUGUAAGCGGAAGUGACGUCGGGAUGUUUACGGAAUUUGGGGAGUCUGUUAGCUGUUGGUCGAUAGGGGGCAGCAGCGCGUUAAUUAUGCUCACCGACGCUGACUGUUGAAGUACUGCACUUACUACGGUAUUUUGACAGAAUUAACCACAGCGUGCGUUUCAUUAGGGACUAAAACAACAUUUUUAGUCCUGUGUUUUGUGAGGAUGUGGGAUAUUGUGCUGAUUCAGACCGGAGGAUUACACUGACAUUAAUGACAGCUGAGAAAAGCUGUCUAAGCAAACAUGUGCGACGAGGAAGAGACCACCGCUCUGGUGUGCGACAAUGGCUCAGGUCUGGUGAAGGCCGGCUUUGCCGGGGAUGACGCUCCCAGGGCUGUGUUUCCCUCCAUUGUGGGCCGACCCCGCCAUCAGGGUGUCAUGGUCGGUAUGGGUCAGAAAGACAGCUAUGUAGGAGACGAGGCCCAGAGCAAGAGAGGCAUCCUCACCCUCAAAUACCCCAUUGAGCAUGGCAUCAUCACCAACUGGGAUGACAUGGAGAAGAUCUGGCACCACACCUUCUACAAUGAGCUCCGUGUGGCUCCUGAGGAACAUCCCGUCCUCCUGACUGAGGCUCCUCUGAAUCCCAAGGCCAACAGGGAGAAGAUGACCCAGAUUAUGUUUGAGACCUUCAACGUUCCUGCUAUGUACGUUGCCAUCCAGGCUGUCCUCUCACUGUAUGCCUCUGGCCGUACCACAGGUAUUGUGCUGGACGCUGGUGAUGGUGUGACCCACAAUGUGCCCGUAUAUGAGGGUUACGCCCUUCCACAUGCCAUCAUGAGACUGGAUUUGGCCGGCAGAGACCUGACUGACUACCUGAUGAAAAUUCUGACUGAGAGAGGCUACUCGUUCGUUACCACUGCCGAGAGGGAGAUUGUUCGUGACAUUAAGGAGAAGUUGUGCUACGUGGCUCUUGAUUUUGAGAAUGAGAUGGCCACCGCCGCCUCCUCCUCAUCCCUGGAAAAGUCCUACGAGUUGCCCGACGGUCAGGUCAUCACCAUCGGUAACGAGAGGUUCCGCUGCCCCGAGACCCUCUUCCAGCCCUCUUUCAUUGGUAUGGAGUCUGCUGGUAUUCAUGAGACCACUUACAACGGCAUUAUGAAGUGCGACAUUGACAUUCGUAAGGAUCUGUACGCCAACAAUGUACUGUCUGGCGGUACCACCAUGUACCCUGGUAUCGGUGACAGGAUGCAGAAAGAGAUCACAGCUUUGGCUCCCAGCACCAUGAAGAUCAAGAUGAUUGCCCCUCCUGAGCGUAAAUACUCUGUCUGGAUCGGCGGCUCCAUCUUGGCUUCCCUGUCCACUUUCCAGCAGAUGUGGAUCAGCAAAGAUGAGUACGAGGAGGCCGGACCCUCCAUUGUCCACAGGAAGUGCUUCUAAAUCCCUCCUCUGUCAUUCUCCUCUGUCUUGGACUUUCCUUCUAGCCUUUGCACCACGUCGCGUCUUGUGUUUGUACUGCGGAUGUUUGUUUCAAGUUCCCCUGUACAAGGAUUCACAUCUACAGCCACAAUAAAUUGUUUAAUAAAUACAUUUACAUAUUUUCAAUAAAUUUCUC